AUGUGGAUAUCAGAAGCCUUCUGGUGCCUUGUUUGUAAGGUCCUCUUCAUAGGGAGAGACGGAAAGGACGGAAAACCAGGACUGAAUGGUCCAAAGGGAGCGCCCGGUGCUCAGGGAGGGACUGGUGCGAGGGGUCCCCCCGGUCCCAGGGGGUCCUCUGGUGUACAGUACGUGCGAUGGGGGAAGACCUCGUGCACAGGCUCCGCGCUGCUCGUCUACAAAGGGCGUGUCGGCGGGGAGUGGUAUGAUCACCCUGGAGGUGCGGCAGAGUACGUGUGUCUCCCCGAGACCCCCCAGUACAUAAACUUCACCCCGGGACAUCAGCACAGCGGCUACAUGUACGGCGCCGAGUAUGAAGUCAAUGACCACAGCCCCUUCACACGUGGAAAAUCCCUUCAUGAACACGAUGUCCCGUGCACCGUGUGUUACGUCCCGUCCCGCAGCACCCAGCUCAUGAUACCCGCAGUCGCCCGCUGUCCCGCCGGAUGGUCCCGCGAGUACUACGGCUACCUGAUGACGUCACAUGCCUUUCACAAGCACUCAAGUCAGUUCGUGUGCGUGGAUAACGAUGCCGAGUAUGUCCCGGGUACUAGCCCUAACCAUAACGGAGCCCUGCUGUACCCCGUGGAGGGGAGGUGUGGGACACUACCGUGUGCCCCGUAUGUAGAAGGGUAUGAGCUGACAUGCGUAGUCUGCACCAAGUGAUUCCAGUUGUACGAUUGAUGGAAUAAUAAAAUAUUUGUAAGGUGUAGGGUAACAAUGUGUCUAGUUCACUCACAAGCUGUUGCAUGACUGAUUGAAUAAUAAUAAAAGAAAAGUUAUCGGGUUUAUAGUAUACGGUGCUCUGCUGUUAUUCACAGCAGUUGUAUGUCUAAUGAAAAAAUAAAUCUUUAAAAAAUUGAAA